AUGUUCCGAAUCCUCGAGUCGCAAGCUCCGGCCAAACAAACGGCAACGGACACAAUCGAUGUACUUAGCAGUCGGUUGCAAAAUGCAACUUUACUGGAAGAUCGGCGCGCCGCCAUACAAGGAUUGAGAAGCUUUGCAAAGAUUUACCCUGCAUCGGUAGCUUCGGGAGGUCUGCGAUCGUUGAUCAGCAGCCUGCGCAAUGAUCAGGAAGAUGUGGACACCACCAAAGUGGUCCUUGAGACCCUUUUGAUGCUAUUCACGCCAGACGAGACGAGUCCUGAAGCGUCUGAUGAAAUAGCUCUAUGGUUGGCAGAUGAAUUCACACAGAGACAAGACAAUAUUACGAUUCUUCUAGACCUGCUAGAAACCAGAGAAUUUUACUCCCGUCUAUAUUCCCUCCAAUUGAUGUCCCACAUCUGCAGUGCGAGACCGGAGCGAACACAAGAGUGCAUCUUCACUGCGCCCUUGGGAAUUUCCAAGCUGGUUAGCGUGCUAACGGAUAUUCGAGAGCCUGUCAGAAAUGAGGGCCUAGUGCUUCUCAUCGCCCUGACCCCCUCCUCCGAGGAGCUGCAAAAACUGGUCGCCUUCGAAAACACCUUCGAAAUUAUUUUUUCAUUGAUCGACACAGAGGGGUCUAUGAUACAUGGUACAGAAGUGGUCGAGGAUUGUCUUUCCUUGCUCGCGAAUCUGCUUCGAUUCAAUGUUUCAAACCAGUCGUUCUUCCGGGAGACCGGCUGCGCAAAGAAGGUCACGAAGCUUCUUAUUGAUUGUCAGCAAGAGGACGACGAGCCUCCUGCGCAAUGGACUUUGUUGCAACGAGACAAGAAUGUUUGGGGUCUUUUGGCCAUCAUCCAGUUAUUCUUGGUCCGAGGUGGUAUGAGUACGCCCAUCAACCAGACAGCCUUUUGGCAGAAUGGUGUGACGGAGCAGGUCUUAAGCAUUGCCUUUGGCCAGAAGUUCAGUGUCAAUGUUACCGCGAAGGCUCUUUCUACCUGCGCUGAUCUCAUCCGCGGAAACUCUCCAUUGCAGGAGAGGUUUGGUGACAUUGAAGUGAUCUGGGGCUCUGUACCCCAUGACCCGACUGUCAAUGGCAAUGCGGCAGAACCAGAACGAAUCAACGUUAUCGAAGCUUUUUUGAAACUAAGCCUUCAACCUUCACCCAACAACAUGCUAGAUGCGCGUCUUGCGGCCUGUGAGUGUAUGAAGGCAUUCUUUGCUCAGCACACUGGUAUCCGUAUGCAUGUUCUUCGCCGAGCCAUCGAUGGACAUCUCAGCGGCCAGGACCGCAUCCCCAACAUCAUGUCUGUCUUGCUUACGGCACCGGAAUCUCGGGGCAAUGCAGACCCAUACCAAGUCUGGAUGGCUUGUGUGUUAAUGUUCCACCUAAUCUCCGAUGACGAGGAGGCAAAAGCCACUGCCAUGAAAGUCACGGAGGGCGAUGCUGAGAGUGGCGAAGAGGUUGUCACCAGUGUCCAGUCAGUGGUUGGCAACUUGAUCACUGGCCUGCAACGAGGCGAUGACGAAAGGAUCACUGUUGGCUACCUGAUGCUACUUUGUGGCUGGCUCUUCGAAGACCCGGAUGUUGUCAAUGACCUCCUCGGAGAGGGAAGUAGCAUUCAGACCCUUCUCCAAGAGAUUAAACACCAAAGAGUCCCGAGCAAGCUGAUUCCCGGUCUGUGCACCGUUUUGCUUGGAAUUAUCUACGAAUUUUCCACCAAAGAUUCCCCAAUCCCUCGAGUCACCCUACACAAGCUUCUUCUCGAACAGCUUGGGAGAGAGCAGUACAUUGAUAAGAUCACAAAACUGCGCGAAUGCCCCUUGGUCCGGGACUUUGAGGUUCUUCCUCAGACGGCAGCUGGUCAAAUUGACGGCGGGCUUCCUGAGGUAUUCUUCGAUCGCUCUUUUGUUGAAUUCCUCAAAGAUAACUUCAGCCGAUUCAUCCGGGCCAUCGAUCGAGAACCGGGCUUCGAAAUAUCUGUUAUGGCCAAUGGUGUUGAGAAGGGCGUCUCUCGCGAAUUGGUGGAUUCCCUACGUGCUGAACUUGACGAUCGGAGCCAGUCCCUCCAGAAACUGGAGAGCGAUCUUGUGAGUAUUCAACGCAGGCUUGACCAGGAGCAGCUGGACCAUCGCAAGACGAAGGAGUCGACCUCUGCCGAGAUGUCCAAGGCGCAGCAGGGUACCCAGUCCCUCCUCCAGUCACAUGAGCAGGCAAUGUCCAAGCUGGAUGAACAACAUAAAGCGUCGAAGAACGAGCUACUGAAGCAACACGGAGAGCAGCUUCGUGCCAUUGACAAUCAAUUGAAGGCGGCCUCGGCCGACUUCGAAAAGAAGAGCGCAAAGGUGAAGGCGCAUCACGACCAGGAAGUUGCUGGCUUGCAAAAGACCAUCCGUCAGCUGGAGUCUGAACUCUCAAAGGCCCGUGAACAGCAUGCCGGUGAGGUUGCCAGCUUGCAACAGGGUAGGCGGAACCUGGAAUUUCAGCUAUCUAAAGUCCAAGAACAGCAUGCUGGCGAUGUUGCUGGCCUGAAAAAGACGAUCCACGAGCUUGAGUCUACUGCCAGCCAGUUCAAAGAAGGUCAUGCAGGAGAAAUUUCAGAUCUCACUCAAAAGCUCCAGAGCCUCGACUCUACUCUCGGAUCCACCAGGGCACAGCAUGACACAGAAAUUGCGGGCUUCAAGACUACUAUUGAAAAUCUGGAGUCUGACUUGGCCGCCGUUGAGGCAGUCAAGGACCAGCAUGAGAAGGAUGUUGCAAGCUCCGAGUCUAAGAUUAAAAGCCUGGAGUCAGACUUGUCUGCAGCCAAGGGGCGCAAUCAAAAGCACGAGGCGGAGGUCGUGGGCUUCAAGACUGCCAUUGGAGAUCUGGAGUCACAAAUGGCCGCGGCCGAGGGUCAACACACAUCCAAGACAGCCGAACUCAAGAAGUCUAUGGAGAUUCUUCAAGCGGACCUGGCCAAAUCCCAGGAACAGUCGGGCAAAGAUAAGGAGACAGCCAGCGAAGGUUUCAAGUCCAAAUACUCGGAACUGGAAGCACGCGCCGCCGAGGCGGAGCGCAAGGUGAAGGAGGCCGAGUCACAGGCUCAUAACGCAGCCGAUGCGCUCAAGAAGAUCCAGGCUCAGCUUGAGAAGGCUCAGUCGGAAGCGAAAGAAAAGGACGAAGCUCGCCAAGCUACUCAGACCGAAUUGGAUGACCUUCUCAUUGUCUUUGGUGACCUUGAGACUAAGAGGAAUGAGGACAAGCAACGGCUUAAGGAUUUGGGACAAGAAGUUUCCGAGGAUGAGGAUGAGGACGACGACGAGGAAUAG